GCGUUUUGGUCUUGACUCCCAAGGUGUUUGGCGGCGAGUGGCGGUGCUUCAGGUGAAGCACUUCCGCGCAACGUCAAGGACCUUAGCACAGAGAAGAUAACGAUCCAAGAGGAAGGAAGCGUGGACAUGACGACCAUGGAGUGUCGAAAGGAGCUGGAAGACCUGAUCUUGGAGGUGUACGAGAACUUGCAAAGCGACGGAGUCAAUAUUCUACUGCCCGAUGAAAUUGCGCGCAAGAUUCACGGCAUGGUGCAUUUGCAUCGGGCGUGUUCUAUGAGCGGGGAUGUGGCGGCUGACGGUAGUUUGAUUGCAUGUGGCCCAGGGUGUAGUCAUGACCCCAAGGACGGACAACCAGAAUCAAACAACAACGACGACGGCACCCCAAAGAUUCCCGAGGAAGAGGUGUUUCGAGUGCAACAGAUGAUCGAGGCGUAUAUGGCUCAGAUCGACGAGGAAAUGACCCCGAUGGUCGAACACGCGAUUUCAGUGGCAACCACGCAUGUGGCGGUACCUUCCUACAAUGACAUGACAGAACCGGAAUCUGAAGAAGACGUGCGCGAAUCCGUGUUGGAAUCGAUCCCGGAAAGCCCCGUGGCGCCGUUGUCGCCCGUGUCAUUGCCGUGGUCAGCGCAAGUCCCGUCGAGCGUGGAAACCGCGAGUCAAUACUCGAUGGACGACGACUUGAACACAACCGAGUCGUUGAACAACCAAUACGACGAAAUCUUCCAAUUCAUGAAACAGGAAUUCCCCGACGAGGCGGCGCGGUACUCCCCAGGACUCGACGCGACCGACGUCGAGUCAUGCGACGGAUCCGUGAUGGACCAUGACCCGGCGCAAGACGUGACCCCGCCACCGUCGCCUCGGCCGGUAUUCACGUCCAAGCUGCCGGUGCUGACGGCGGCAAGUCGCCCACGGAAGCAGUACGUUGCCCCAGCAAGUGUCUCGAAGGCGACGAUGGUGAAGAAGACGAUGCCACAGCCGCCGCCGACGACGCCGUUCAAGCGCACGCCGUUGCCCGCUUCUCUCAAGAACAAGGUAGCGAUGGUGCCGCCCACGAAAUCGACGCGCAGCUUACUGCGACCCCCAGCGUCGGUCCCCAAGCCGACGACCGUGCCCCUUCGUACCCGCAAGUUUUCGAACGCGUCCGACUGCAGCGACGUCAUCAUCACAUCAGUGCCGAAGCAAGAAUCGAAGCAGGACAUGGCGGCAAAGCGGCGUGAGGAGAAGGAGAAACGCGAACUGGCCGCUCGAGAAGAGGCCCAGAAGCUCCGCGAACACCGCCGCGCCCUCGCCGAGAGCAAGGCGGAUGCGGAGAAGGCCAUCCGCGCCGCCAAGGUCGACAUGGUGAAGCGACGGCGUGAAGAACGCGACAAGCGCGUGCUUGUGAUCAAGUAACGCUGCUACGAUUUACUUUAUUGGCCAUUUUUAAUUUUUGAUACAACGUCACCAGAAUUUAUUAACGUUACAGUUAAAAUAUUGCGUCGCAGACUGAUUUAUUAUUGCCAUAUAUAGAUAACGAUCAUAAAUCGUCGG